AACACUGCAGUUAAGAACAACAAAGGAAAUGUACGAUAUAUCAUGGAUAACGAUUUUUUCGGAAGCGUUUUAGCUCCACGCGUCGGACAAAAAGCCAAUAUUUGUCUUUCAAGAAGCAAGAUAAAAAUUUUUGUGUUUCAAGUAAACAAAACCUUAAUCCCGCCACAUUAGCUUUUCAAAUGUGCCACACAGCAUUGGCAGGUAUUUACCAACAGGUGUAAUAAUAUAAAGACAUUUGGAUGAAGCGUUUCGCCGCGAACGAUCCUCCUGUAAACCAUUCAUCAACGCUAUAUUAUUUAACAGAGUAUGGAAUGGCAAAGUUUUCCUGUGCCAUGUGCUCACAUCGAUGCCGAGGAAAGCGGAUACCGAAUUUCCAUGGAUCAACUUUUUUAUAAUCUAGAUGGACUCCUCAAAAGAGACAUGAACGAUUGUUUGUCAAAACAACUCAACGGAUUCUUCAACAAACACGCAAGAAUAUACCAAUUUGGACCAAGUAAUCAAAGAGAUAGGGUUAAUCUCAGAGCUGGACAAGGUUUUCGAAAGAAGGACGAAUAUAAAACACUUCAAGAAAGUUGUUUCAGCCCGUUUGCUCGUACAAGUCAAAGCGCAUCGGUUCACAAGCCGUCAAAUUUGCGUUUCAAAUCAACACGCUUGCGUAAUGGUAUAUCCUCCGCUCCGUCAAGAAACGGGUUUUCGUCAAAUAGACUGAUCAGACCGCCUAACAUUCCUUCAAAACCUCCCAAUAACACGUCAAACGAAAGAAAGCGACGCCAAUUUAAAUUGGAAGGACUUCCCUCAUCUUCAGAAGCCAAAGCCCCAAGCGAUCUGUUGCCAAGCAACGGCUGGUGGAGAACGAAUGGAAAAGGCACGUGCGGCAGCGAUUCCGAAACAGAUUCUGAGGUCAGCAGUGAAGUUGAAAACAGUGAACGUUUCGAUCUAGAAACAAAAAACGAUGGGUCUAUCCAACGAUAUUCUUUGGAUGCGCAAGAUAGUUCUAAAAGUCGUCAGUCGUCAAUUAGUUCACUAGGAUCGGAACUAAGUGACAACGAAUCAAAACCUCAAGCAAAGGAGAGUUCCACUCCCUGUCUACCCUCAGAAAUCCAAAAAGAGUCAAUUAGAGGAAUAAGUGGAGAAUUGAAAACUUCGUCUUUCUUUCAUUUAACGAGUGGGACUGGCAACGAAAGUGAACCGAAAGAUGAAAGAUACCUGGAGUCCAGACCACCACAUCCUACUCCGGAUCUUGACGAAAAAAACUGCUCUGAAAGCAAAUCUCUGUUGCCCUUAAAUAUAUCUCCAAGCCUUUUUAUAACGGCAGAAAAGUUUGACGAUGACUUGAAAUUAGAUUCCAAAGAAUUAUUUAAUAAUAGGUUUUACAAUUCAACAAGUCGAGUUAAUUAUAGUAAUUUAGCGACAUUUAUGCAAAAUAGUGCGCGUCUUGAUCAAGAACCAAUAAGUAGAGAAGAGAAUUUUCAGAGGAGCGUCGAUAAAUACCGAAAAGUAUCAUGUGCUUUUCCUAGAGUUAGGGAAAGCAAGAAUGGCUCAAAGAACCACAGGGCUGUUCCGCUAAGUCUCCAAAAGCGAGCAGUCCAAAAUCGCCCAAACACCGCUAAGUUACCUGCGAGAUUAAGGCUCAAACACAGAGGAAGUCCCUUCACAAAGUUUACAAAAGCUACAGAAGAGACAGGACCAAACGAGCGGAUUUUACCUACGACUUUACAUAAGUCAGCGGAAACAUCGUAUUCCGUGAUGUCACCAUAUAUGGCGAAUGUAGUGUGGUCUGUGAUGAGUGAUGAAAAAGUAGUUUGAUUUAAGAGAAUUUGUAGAAAUCGAUGGAAAUGUAACAACAAGCAAAAAAUACAAACAAAUAGGGAAACCGUCAAACAUGGCAACAUUAUACACUGAAAUCAAUACGUAAAUAAGU